AUGCCAACCUGUGUCAAUCCCACACCAACCUGUGUCACCUGGUCACCCCAUACCAACCUGUGCUCAACCUGUGCCAAUCCCUGUGUCAACUCCACACCAACCCGUGUCAAUCCCAUACCAACCUGUGCCAACCUGCCAACCUGCGUCACCCUGCGUCAUCCCACACCAACCUGCGUCAACCCAGUGUCAUCCCACACCACCCCUGUCACCCCAUACCAACCCUGCGUCACCCCACACCAUCCUCACUGUGCCCAACCCUGUGUCAUCCCCAUACCAACCCAUCCCGUCAACCCUGGUCCACCCCACACCACCCUGUGUCAUCCCCAUACCAUCCCUGUGUCAACCCCAGGCCACCCCUGUGUCAAUCCCUGCGUCAACCCCACACCAACCUGUCAAUCCCCGGGCCAACCCAUACCAACCUGCGUCAACUCCACACCAACCUGUGUCAACCCCACACCAUCCUGUGUCAACCUGUGUGUCAUCCCUGCCAAUCCCCACACCAACUCCCCAGUGCCAAUCCCACACCAACUCCCUGUGUCAACCCUGCCAUCCUGCCAAUCCUGUGUCCCCACAACCAACCUGUGCCAACCUGCGUCAAUCCCGGUUCAAUCCCACACCAACCUGUGUCAUCCCUGUCAUCCUGCGCCACCCUAUACUCACCCCCAGGUUAACUCCCUGCUCCCUGUGCCAUCCUGUACCAAUCCCCGUGUCACCCCAUAUACCAACCCCGUGCCAUCCCCAUACCCCAACCCUGUGUCACCCCUGUGUCACCCUGUGUCAUCCCACACCAACCUGUACAACCCUGUGUCAACCCCACACCAACCUGCUAGUGUCAACUUACACCAACCUGCGUCAAUCCCACACCAACCCUGCGUCAAUCCCCAGUGUCAACCUGUGUCAUCCCCACACAACCUGCUGUGUCAUCCCCACACCAACCUCAGGUCAACUCCACACCAACCCUGUGUCAUCCUCACACCAACCUGUGUCAAUCCUGUGUCAUCCCAUACCAACCUGCGUUACCCCGUGCCACCCCAUACCACCCCUGUUAAUCCCAUACCAUCCCUGUGCCACCGCAAUGUCACCCCU